UUAUAUGAACGGUAUAAUAUUAUUUGUCUACGAUUAUAAACUUCUACGUUCGCCAACGAUUACUACUGCAUGGCCAUUGGCCCCGUAAAUCGUAAAUAACAGUAGUAAUAAUAAAUAUUAAAUAGUAAUAGUUAUAAGCGCGCGUCGCCCGGUUUCCUUGAUGCAUCAGAUUGCCGACCCGUCGUCAUCGUCGUCUGCGCUGCGCGGACCGCGUCGUGUGUCGUACGACUACUGCAAUAGGAAUAAUGACGUGCUCGCCCGCGCCGUGCCUUCAGUCGGUCGUUAAUCGGCGGAUGCGAUGAACGCGCCACCGUUACCAAAAUCAAAAAGGCAGUGCAACAACGACGGUGCCAUCGUGACGGUACGCCACGCCGCGUCGUGAACGCCCGCACAUAUUGUACACACAUACCGUCCGGGAGAUGUGGAUAGCAACAUGGUGUCUGGGCUUCGUCUUGUUCUCGUGUCCCAAUUGCCUGUACGUUUGCGUCGGACGCGCAACCGCCCAAAACAUCACCAGCUGCGAUCCACAGGUAACCAAAAGCAAACCACAAAAUUUAACUGUUACUAAUGUAACCAGUCGAUCAAUAACAGUAACAUGGCUCGCACCAAAAGAUGGUGAGGAUGGAAUAACCAAUUACAAUCUUUAUUAUUCAUAUGACAAUAACACAUAUGCAAAAUUAUUGACAUAUACACACAUAUAUACAAUUGUAGAUCUCAAACCUUUUACUGAGUACCAAGUACACGUUGUGGCCAAAUGUGGAAAUCAUAUAAAAAGUGAAUCUUCAGAUACAAUAAUGCAAUAUACUGAUGUUGAUGGUCCAGGUCCACCAAUUAUUGUAAAUGCUACAUGUGUACCAGGAACUAACGGCACAUCUAUUUUCUUACAAUGGACUAAACCUCAAUUAUUUUAUAGAUCAGUAGAUGAAUAUAUUAUAUAUGUUUCUUAUGACACUGAUUUUGUUAAAAAAUUAAACUAUUCAUUACCAAAAGACAGUAACAAUUUAAAUCAUUUUCAGUAUGUUGUUCAAAACUUAACAGGUAAUACUAUGUAUGAAUUAAAAAUAAAUGGAGUAACAAAUAGUUACCUUGGAAAAGAUGUAAUUGAAGGUAAAGCUUCAGAGCCUCGUUCAGUCUAUUUACAUAAAGAUUGUGAUAAUGAUAGUACUUUGAAAAAUAAUCAUAAUUUAAUUGAAAAUACAAAAUCUCUUUUAAUUGGCUUAUGUUGCGUAUUGGGAUUACUUUUCAUCGUGGCUGUUGUAUUAUUUUGGCAAUGCCAUCCUGUGUGUAGGGUAUACUUUCAUGCUGCUUAUUAUUAUCUGGAGGAUCCACCAUUUGUGUCACAUACUGUACCAACAUUACCAAAUUCUGAUUGGUGGAAGCACAAACAAGAAUCUCAUGUUGUGACAGUGGAUGGUUUUGCUAAGCAUGUAGCUAAUUUGCAUGUUGAUGGAGAUAUUGGUUUUAGCAAAGAAUAUGAAAUAAUUCAAGAAGAGUCCAUGAAUUUUGAUUUUUCAACUGAGUCAUCACAACUACCAGAAAAUAAAACAAAAAAUCGAUAUCUUAACAUAGUUCCUUACGAUCAUAGCAGAGUUAAACUUCAUAUUAAUAAUAUGCCUGGAAGUCAUUCUGAUUAUAUAAAUGCUAACUAUAUUGAUGGUUUUGAAAAAGCUAAUGCAUACAUUGGCACACAAGGACCAUUACCAUCAACAAUUAUUGAUUUUUGGCAAAUGAUGUGGGAACAACAUGUUCACGUUAUUGUAAUGAUAACAAAUUUAGUAGAACGUGGUCGGAGAAAGUGUGAUUUAUACUGGCCAAAUGAAGGUAUAGAAACAUAUGGUUUCAUUCAAGUUAAAUUAUUAAAAGAAGAACUUAUGGCUAUGUAUACUGUUCGUACAUUUCAAGUGCAUCAUACACGAGCUAAAAAGAAAAAAAAUAUGCCACUAGGUAGAACUAUAUAUCAAUAUCAUUAUACUAACUGGCCUGAUCAUGGUACGCCAGAUCAUCCUUUGCCAAUUUUAAGUUUUGUGGAUAAAUCAGCUGGAGCCAAUCCACCUGACGCUGGUCCUAUUGUUGUUCAUUGCAGUGCUGGUGUUGGUAGAACUGGUACAUAUAUUGUAUUAGAUACUAUGUUAAAGCAAAUUAAAAGUGAAAAAGAAGUGAAUAUAUUUGAUUUCUUAAAACACAUUAGACAGCAAAGGAAUUUUUUAGUCCAAACUGAAGAACAAUAUAUAUUUAUCCAUGACGCUUUAUUAGAAGCAAUAAAUUGUAUGUAUUCUAGUAUUAAUAGAAAAACCCUAGCAAGUUAUCUUCAAACAGAUAUAAACGAUUGUAAAAUUACAUCAUUUGCCUCAGAUUUUGAAAAACAUUAUAAGAUGAUAACUUCAUUUGUACCACAAGAAUAUUUGUUACUUUCUGCAAAUAAACCCUUUAAUCGAAAUAAAAAUAGAUCUCAAGAAUUUGUUCCUGUAGAAAAUUCUCGAGUACACUUGACACCUAAACCUGGGAUUGAGGGAAGUGAUUACAUUAAUGCAUCAUGGAUAAUUGGGUUUAAACGUCUAGGAGAAUUUAUUGUCACACAACAUCCUCUUCAAAAUACAGUUUUAGAUUUUUGGCAAAUGCUUUGGGAUCACAAUGCACAGACUGUAGUAAUAUUAACUGAUAUGAGUGAAGACACGGAAUCACUUGUUAAAUUUUGGCCUGUGGACUCGGAUACAACAUUAGAUAGUGAUAAUUUUAAAGUUAAAAGUGUUCAAGAAGACAAAAUAGGAGAUGAUUAUGAAACAAGAGAUCUUGUCAUUCAAUCUGUACAAGAUGAUUUUAUGCUUCCAGUUAGAUUAAUUCACAGUAAAUAUUCUGUCAGAGAAUUAUCUUCGUUGAUUAAAUUAUUAGAAAUUGUACAAAUGUGGCAUUUAGAAUACCAAAAUGGCCCUAUUGUUGUAGUAGAUAAAUUUGGUGGAACAGAAGCAGCAAUAUUUUGUUGUUUAACAACUAUUGGUAAACAACUACAACAUGAAAAUGUAGGCGAUAUUUCAUUAUAUGCUAAACUUUAUCAUAAUCAAAGACCAGGCAUUUGGAAGGAUAUAGAAAAUUAUUUAUUAUUAUAUCGAGCUUUGGAACUUAUGUCUGGAGGAAGCUGUUUUAAUGUAUUACCAUCAAGUUCUAUUACCAGUAUAAAUAAUGUGGCAAAUGGUAGUCACAAUUCACUAACUUUACCUAAUGGAAAUGCUCUUUCACCAAAUAAACAAAAUGGAGUAUUAAUUUCUCAAUCGUAAUUUAUGAACCAGUAUGUAGUAUAAAAGUAGUUGUUAAGUAGUUUGACUAAUUACUCAAUAACCGUUUUGGUACAUUAUCUAAGUCUUUUAGUAUCCUCAAUUUUUUUUUUUAAAUUGUAUGUUUAAAUUGAUUAGUACAUUUAUGUUAUAACUAACCUUCUGUUAAUUUAUCUGAAUUUAAAAUA